GAGAGAGAGAGAGAGAGAGAGAGAGCUCUAAUAAUCCUGGGUUAGUGCACUGACAGCAGCUGCUCCUGACUCUCGGAUCAUUUUAAACGUUUCUUCUUCAACCUGCUUUAAAUUUUACCAACCAAAAAAAAAAAAAAUACAGACACAAAAUGGGAAAAGUGGAAGGUGGAAUGAAAUGCGUGAAAUACCUGCUCUUCAUAUUCAACUUCAUAUUCUGGUUAAUGGGUUCUCUAGUGUUGGCUGUUGGUUUGUGGUUGCGGUUGGAAAAUGACACAGUGAGUCUCCUGCACAGUGAAACAGCACCGGUCACCUUCUUCAUUGGAGUCUACAUCCUGAUUGCAGCGGGUGGUUUGGUGAUGUUGGUGGGGUUUUUCGGAUGCUGUGGUGCUGUUCGAGAGUCUCAGUGUCUCCUCGGCUCGUUCUUCGCCUGCCUCUUGAUCAUCUUCGCAGCUGAAAUUGCUGCUGGUGUGUUUGGAUUUCUGAAUAAAGACACGAUUAUUGAGGACAUUCAGAAAUUUUAUAAAAUAUCAUCAGACAGUAACAGCACGGAGAUUAUCACCAGCUACCAUCGAGUUCUGGAUUGUUGCGGCACUGAGAAAACACAUAAAACUCUGUGUGUUGAUUUUUCUCCUAACAUCAAGAAAUGUGACGUAGCCAUCGAAGAGUUUUUCAACAGUAAAAUGUUCAUCAUCGGAUACGUGGGGAUCGGAAUUGCCGGAGUCAUGAUUAUCGGGAUGAUAUUCAGCAUGGUGCUGUGCUGCGCGAUCCGGAACAGCCGUGAGGUCAUCUAAUUUGGUGACCCUUUGGCCUUCAACCUCUGCGGCAAUUUUUCACAGACACAACAAGAGCUUCGAGAAUCUCCUUUUCCAUCAUUCAGAACAUCCAGUCAGAAGCUAAUGGAAGAAUUUCUUCCUUUUAACCUUUUGAGUUUGGAUUUUAUCUUUUUUUUUUUUUCACUUUACCUGCUGGAUAGGUGUCGUAAAAUAUUCUGUUUGUAAAGCUGUUUUAAGGAAUUGUAUUUAAUUUAUAUAUUUCUGAAUCUACUGGAGGAUGUCGAGAUGCGUAAUUUAAAGCCUGGGCUCUCUGGUGUUACAUGACCGAGGGAGAUUAGUCCAGUAAGGCCCAGUGAGUCAAAGUGAGCGUAAAUAACACACAGUCCUGUUUAAUAGUCCGAGUGCACUACCGCAGGGAGAGUCUUUAAAAAGGCGUGUGUAGUGUAAAUGCUGUGUUGUUUGGGACACGUCCACAGUAGACUAAUGAUAUUAAUAUAGAAUUAGUGCUUGAUAAAUAAUCCUGGGUAGUGCACUCAGCCUUUUGGACCUGUUUAAUAUCAUAACUCUUAAAUUGAAUUGAAUUGAAUUUAGGUUUACGAGUAUCCACCUCGCAUUACAUAGUCGCUGCCUUUAGGACCGAUUUGUACAUAUUGCUGAGAUUUAUACUCCGUUUUUGUAAUGUGUGUGAUGGUGACUAUCUGUGACGUACUGUUGGUUUGUGUAGAAGCUAGUCGUUGGCGUUUUUAAGUAAUUCCUGUAUACGAUCAAUUAAGGUGCCUUGCUCUUUUAUACAACUUAUAUAACCUGAGAUCUUCAACCCGUCUAGUUUAAAUAAUACAGAUUAUUAUUUUUGUUUUCCAAUCCUGAUUUCAACACACACUUGUCCACUUCCUCUCGGUCGAGGCCAUUCUGUUCGGAGCGACUCGAGCAACGUUUACACUAGCAAGAAAAUUGUUUGUGUCGUUUGUAGCUUGUUAUUUUUUGCUUUGUCACUUGCUAGAGUGAACGUAGGGUAAGACUUACUUCAGCAACACAAUUUACUCCAAAGCUGUCACGGCAAUCUUAACGCCAUUUCCUGUUUUUUUAUUUUUAUUUAUUUAUUUUUAUUUUUUUUAAAUGUAGAACAAACCUUGCAAGUGUAAACUGGAGCACAAGUGGAUGAAUGAAUGAAUGAAUGAAUGAAUGAAUGCGUAUGGUGCGUUCAAUUCAUGUCGGAAAGACCGUAUUUAUGAGCUGAACACACAUGAACAUAUUUAGUUGGUGGUAAAUGUGCUAAAGUUGAACGUUUACUUUGUUUCAGAUGCUGAUUUCAGUUUUUAUUUGGUUGGAUUAUGAAGCACGUUAUUUAACAAUUAUGUCCCUGUAGGGUUAAAAACUGUCCCAUUUUACAGUUCAGUUUAAUACGUAAUAACGAAGUUUACAGCAGCUUCAUAACUUGAUUACAAACAUUAAAAAAAGCAAAACCAUCUGAUGCACAUUGUUUGUUUUUCAUUUUCUAGAAAAGUAAGGCUUAUCCCAUCGGCUAUGUAGAAAUGUUUUAUUUUAUAUACAGGGUGUAUAUUAAUGUGUAUUCCUGACGUUCGGAUCCUUUACUUGUGCUCCAAGUGAACAACUGUUGCAUAUAAUAUAGAUGAAGGACGAAAAGAGUGUGGGGAAGUCAACAAGUGUGCACUUGAAAAAGGAAUGAAACACCCGAUUAGCUAAAACUAAGUAAACAAACAUGGACUGGGUGAAGAUCUGUAGUAAUAAUGAAUGUUUCCAUAAUUAGGUGAAAUUUAUGAAAUUUUCUUCUUGUAGACGUAGUUUAGGCAUGUGCUGAUUUAUAUAAUAUACGGUAUAUAUACUAUAGAGUACUCAACAACCUCAAACCACAACAACCUUAUGAAUUAUUUUGGACACUUAGGUCAUCUUUGGUGUAUUUGAUGUUUCUUGGACAUGAACAAACACGAAAAACAGCACUACUUUAAGACCGUCUGUUAAUAAUGUUAUAUUAUUAACAACUAAUAAUAAAAGUAGACACUGUUAAUUAAUAACACGUCUGUUAAUUGGUUUAGCAUGAGGACAAAAAAAGGGGAUCUCAUUGAUGGACGUGGCUAAUGCAGUGAAAUAGUACAUUGUAUUUCUGUUCCGUAUUUUCGUUAUUUUAUCUUGUUUUCAAUUUAAGUUUUUUGUAUAAGGCCUGGAUCGAAGCUAAAGGUGAGAGUGAUGAUGUAUAAUGAAGCUGAAUCAGAAAUGAUCACAGCUGAGAUGCAUGUUAACAUCACGGUGUUUCAGAAGGAUCGUAUUGAAUAUCAGCACAUGCCUAAAACUGACAAACAACAGUACCAUAAAGUAAGCAGGGGACGUGUGAGUGUGUGCGAAAGAGAGCCGGUUCGUGUCUUUACGGCUGCUCAGAACGUAGGAAAUGCAUGUACAGUAUGUUGUAUGUAACGUUGCAUGGCUUUCCAUACCAGCUUAGAUCAAACCGUGUGUGUUGUAAUUAUUAUUUUUUAGCAAACCUGUGUCUUGUACUGUAAACAACACAGCGUUGCCGUUGUUGGUUGUUGAUGUUGGUUUCUGGUAUCGAAAGGAGUAAAUUAUUUAUUGGCUGAUGAGUUAGGCAUCUCAGGAUGAAAGAUUGAAGUAAAACGAACAAAUAAACGUUUCUGAGUUUUUA